AUGAUAUCCGAUAAGCAAGGUGUAAAUAUAAGUGGAAAAGAUACUUCAAUGUUGAUGUGGCGAGCUAAACUAUUCCAACUAGCUUCAGAAGUCAUUGACAAAGCUCUUACAAAUGAGGAGUCAAGUGUAAUUUUGAAUGAUAGUCUUCAAGGUUUGCUUGAGAAGUUUAACUCUGUAGGUGGCAGCAUGAAGAGUGGAGGCAUGUCUGUAAAAGGUAAUAAUGUUCAUGACACAACUUUGAAAGAUCCAUCUCAAAACAUGCUGGAAGGAUCACUUUCAAUUCCACCACCAUCCACUCUGAAUUAUGUGGUUGCGUUUAACAAACUGAGUGGACAAGUUUCACCAGCAUUCUGCACUUCAAGUUCCAUUCAAUAUAUCGAUUUUGGGCAUAACAAAUUGAGUGGCACGCUUCCAGAUUGCUUGGUAAAUCUUAGCGAUUCACUUUUAGUUCUAAAUGUGUCUUUGAAUCUUGGGAAUAAUCAAUUAGGAGAUGAGUUCCCUUCCUGGUUAAGGACACUUCCUGAUCUAAGAAUACUCAUGAUAAGAUCUAAUCACCUCCAUGAAAACAUAGGGAAACCUAUUUCCAAUUUUGUGUUCUUUCCUAAAAUUCGAGUUAUUGAUCUAUCCUAUGAUGAUUUUACAGGAAAGUUGCCAUAUGAAUACUUCCAAAAAUGGAACUCCAUGAAAGCUUUUGUUGCCACCAAUUCAUCUUAUAUGAAAGCAGGCUUGAAUUUCAUUGUGAGGACGUCGACUAACGUCGGCUUUAUGGACCCAAUAUUAUCCAAUCCCAAUCAUGUGGAUAUGGUUUUUUAUACGAUGCAAGACAUUUUUUUAGUUAUUGAUUUCUCAAGCAACAUGCUUGAAGGAGAAAUUCCAGAUUCCAUUGGGAGCUUACAAGGGAUUCGAGUUUUUAACCUCUCUAACAACAUUCUUAAUGGCAGCAUACCAUCAACCUUUGGGAACAUGACGAUGCUUGAGUCACUUAAUCUUUCUCAAAACAAGCUCCAUGGAGAGAUCCCUCUUCAACUGAAGUAG